AUGUUUCCAGCACCUUUCACUUCCUCCAUGCUGCUCUUAGCUUCGUCUGUUCUGGUCGAUGCAGCAGGCUAUGCUACCCGCGAACCUUCUUUCACAUCCUGCCAAGGUUUCAGUGUCACAUCCAACGAGACUAGACCGCUGGAGUCUGAAAAUCUUAUCAUCUCUACGGGCGUAAUCUGCAAUGUCAGCGGAAGCAACUUCUCAACUCCAUGCAGUGUGCUCAGCGGCGGCUGGCCCAACCUCCGCAGCUCCAUUACCUAUACGAAUGGCUCUAGAGUGAGCGACAGUUAUGCCGUCGAGUAUGGUCUCUGGAAUGCUACAGGCGAUUUUAAGGCUCUCUACGGGACCACAAUCGCGGCUGUCGAGAACCAGACAGUGACAUUCGAGAAUGAAACCAGCGGAAAUGUUGUCUUCACUCCAACUUACCGCUGUGUGACUGGCCGUGUUCAGGGCUGUCCGGCAAACAUCUCGAUUACCGACGAUACCGAAGUGGACGCAUGUUAUCCUGUGCUGACUGAUAGAGUCGUAUCUUUCGAGAGUGCCCCAGGACAUUUCGAGAACAUCACCGUCCUGGCUGGCUCUCGAGCGAUCAACGAGACCAGUGUGCAAGCCGCUGCCAAUCUCAAGCAGAAUCCGAAUAAUCACCCGCCUUACGGUCUUGUGUCAAGUGGUGCAGGUGCUGUGUUGGGGGCCGGUUUCACGAGUGCCUCGAUGGUCGCAACGUUUUGGCUCGGGAUGUGGGUGAUAUGA